CAUCAGUUGAGUUUGCCCGCGGCUCCUCGUCAGCUGGCCGUGCGUAAUUCUCCAAGAGUCGACUUGCGCCUCCACCCCCCCUCCUCCACCCCCCCUCACUUAAAGGCGACCAGUACCACCAGGGGCGUCUGGCAACAUCUCUGACCAGCACUAACUCCGUGUUUUUUUUUUAUUUUGGUAUUUAUUUUUUUCAAUCCAAUGGGGGGAGCAGGCUGCGCCAGCGUGCGCCGGGCGCCCACGGCGCUUUGAACGGGCUCCAACGUUCCGGAGCCGCCAUGUACCAGUGACGCGCGGCUGUCGCAGAGCGAGGGACGAGGACACGAACCAUGAGCGGCGGAGAGAUCAUCUUCCAGGGCUGGCUGAGGAAGUCCCCGCCGGAGAAAAAGCUCAGGAGAUACGCAUGGAAGAAGCGCUGGUUCAUACUUCGCAGCGGCCGCAUGAGCGGCGACCCUGAUGUCCUCGAGUACUACAAGAAUGACCACUCCAAGAAACCCAUCCGGGUCAUCGACCUGCACUGCUGCGAGCAGGUGGACGCGGGCCUGACCUUCAAGAGGAAGGAGUUCCAGGACAGCUUCGUGUUUGACAUCAAGACCUCGGACCGCACCUUUUAUCUCGUUGCCGAGACCGAGGAGGAGAUGAACAAGUGGGUCCGCUCCAUCUGCCAGCUGUGUGGGUUCAACCAGUCGGAUGACAGCCACGAUGGCAGGUUACAGCAUAUGCCACGUUCUGGCGGAGCAGAUGUCACCAGCUCCAUGGCCCCUCUGACUGGAGAGCGCAAGUCCUCCGCCCCCAUCCACUCCAGCCAGCCAGUCCUCUUCACCUUCGACGUGCCUGUGCGCCACACGCACCACGGUUCCUUGUCCAAUAGUGCGCCGCAGGACUACCUCCUCCUCCACCAGUGCAUGAGCAGGAAGACAGAGGGUGCAAGGAGUGCCAGCUUCUCCCAGGCCACACGAAGCAAUCUGUUUGUCGGGAGUGACUCUGCUGUGCAGAAACUCUCCCAUGGCUUCUCCCACUGUCUAAACGGCAUGGGCGGCCAGUUGCAUGGCUUCUACAGCCUGCCUAAGCCGGGAAAACACCAGUUGCCAGCGCACGACGACUCGUCGCAGGAGGCCUGCUACAUGCUCCCGCGGGGUUACAGCUCCGAGGGGCCGGCUCACGGCGGUCUCGAUGAGCCCGAGCUGGAGAACGAGGAGGUCUACUCCUUCAAAACGCCCUGCAACGCCCUCGCCACCAUGCACAACUGUGAGCGCCCGACGGACAAUUAUGACCUUCCGACGACGCCCGGCUCCUUCUAUCAGAUCCCCCGGACGUUUGAUAAGAAUCACAAUGCCUUGACGCCCUCCAGCUCUGAGUCCUCCUGUGCUCCCCCUCCCAGGCCCCCUAAACCUAGCCAGGGGUCAGAGGGGCAGUGGGGCAGUCCCCAGUCGGUAGGAAGCCAGAACGGCGAGUUGACGUCUGCGGUGUCGGUUAUCCCACGCAGGAAUACUCUCCCCGCUGUUGAGAACAUCAGGCUGCACAGAGGCUCCUCCUUUGAAACUAACAGCCAUCACCGUCCCAUCCAUUUCAACAACUCAGGCCAGUCGGUGGAGUCUGUCAACGACGGGUUCAGCUCCUACUUGAGAACCAAAGCACCUCUGACUCGCUCGGACAGCGGCAACUCGGAUGACAACUAUGUGCCCAUGAAUCCUGGCUCCUCGCCACUCAGCGCUGCCCUAGCUGACAGUCCUAAGAAUAUCUACAUCCCUAUGAGCCCUGGGCCGCAUCACUUUGACUUCCCAGGAUUCUCUGCAACGUUACCUGCCCGUAAGGGGAGCAGCGCCUCGCUGUGUCACAGGCCCAGCCGUCUCAGCGAUGUCACACCACCACCCAUCAACCGCAACCUCAAACCUAACAGGAAAUCAAAGCCAACACCUCUCGAUUUGAAGAACAAUGGGAUUAUUGAUGAGCUGCCAUUUAAGAGUCCAGUCACCAUGUCCUGGAUACGGCCCAUGCCUGCUAUGAACUCCAUAUCCUCCCAGCACUGUCGACCCAUCUCCACACAAAGCAUCACCAGCACCGACUCUGCAGACAGUGAGGAGAAUUAUGUGGCUAUGCAGAACCCAGCGUCUACCUCUCCAGCCAUGAGUGGCACCAGCAGCCCGGCCCCACGGAAGUGCGGCAAUGUGGACUACCUUGCACUGGACUUCCAGCCCGGGUCGCCCAGCCCACACCGAAAACCCUCCACAUCCUCUGUGACCUCGGAUGAGAAGGUGGACUACGUGCAAGUCGACAAGGAGAAGACCCAGGCACUGCAAAGCACCAUGCAGGAGUGGACCGAUGUGCGGCAGUCUACUGAGCCCGCUAAGGGGGUCAAGUCCUGACACUGACCUGCACCCCUACCCCGCCCCCACAAAAAAAUGACAAAGAAAAAAACAUAUUCCCUAAUCCAAGGGCAAGCAUUUCCUGUGUCGUGUUGCUAUCAUUACCAUGAAUACUGGUUGCCUGAAAUGUGUGGACAAAAAGCCAUAACCUAUCCGAUGCCUGUUCUCUGUGAUGAUUACUUCUGCAGUACUUCUGCUAACAUGAAGGAUAUCAGGCCGUGGAGGUGAAGUGUCCUGCCAAAGCUCUUCAUGCAGGCUGUUAUAUACAACAGUGUAUGGCCAAUUGAUAACGUGUAUGUAUAUCAUCCUUAUUUAUCAAUCCAUCCUUUAUAAAUGGCAGGUUUUUCAUCAAAGCCGUGCCACCCACGCCCCCCCCCCCCCCCCCCCCCCCCCCCCCCCCUCUGCAACAGUCUUAACGUUUUCUUUUGCAUCUAGCAAAUCAUUUACCCGGUUGCUGUCAUUUAACACAGUAGCAGAGUCGAUAACCAUUUGAAUAUAAUGUGAGAGUAUGCUUACUGGUCUCAGGAAUGCCAAGAUGCACUCCAAAUUUGGCACGCAGGCAGACUCCCUCUUUUCACUUCAAUCUGUCAUUUGUGCUGAGUCUCGCAAAAGCAGCAAGGAGAUUAUUUUCACUGCAGGCAAUCAUUUCAGCUUAGCAGUGCAUGUCUGGUAAGAGGAGGGAGGGGGGGGGGGAAUACAGCGAUUCAGAGGCCUGUGUCAGAAGCCCUAAUGAUAACUGUGCAUGACUGUUGCCUCAGUUUCAAUUAAGUAUGAGCCCAUGCCAUAUUUAAAAGCUGCCAGGCUGGAUGGCAGGCCGAUUAUUUCAAAGCAGGUACAAAAGUCUGUAGCGUCCAAAUGUACAGAAUGAAGAAAAACAAAGACAUACAUGAGGUACCUUGUGUGUCUUUGUAGGUUUUGACACCAGUGGCUAGUUCACUUCAGGUAACAAUUAUGUACAUUUCAUUUCAAAUGUGCACCGACCAAGGAAACGAUCGAGUUGGAGAAGUAAAGCCGGAGUUCGGGGACCAGCCCAGUAAACACAAGCGGAGUAGGUGGGAGAACAGCUUAUUUAUGUUUCCCAGAAUUCAACCAGUCACUGAUUUGUGUCUUCGGUCUUCACACACUGCAGCUUGGGUCUCUGGAGAGUAAUUGUUUCCUAUGUAAAUUAUUAAUAGAAUGACAUAUUUGCAGCACAUCUUGUUGACUGUGGGCACCGCAGCAUUGCAACGUUGUGCUGCUCUUGCAAAGGCAACCUGCCACGAUGAAGAUACGCCAGUGAUCUUAGUCACUAAAAAAAAAAAAAAAAAAAGAGUUGAGGAAAGAAUGUUUUUUUUCUUAAUUUCCUUAACUCUUCUAUUUGUUUAAUUUGCCUUAUGUUUUCAUUCCACUUGAGACUAUAAAGUUUGCCUUGAAGAACCUUUUUUUUUUUUUGCCAUAUUAUUCAAGGAAGAGCCAUAUUGUAUUUAGGACAACUGAAUGAUACGUUUCUAGUUCAACUUAAGUCCAGUAUUUCACUGUGGGCUGGAACCACUGAAGGGUGAAUCCCUAUUUGAAUAGUGUGGCCAGGCAGUGCUAGAUGGUAUUAUUGAUUAUUUCAUUAAGAUUUACCUCUUAAUGUAUUUUCUACCAUUUUUUACUGCUUUUGUAUUCUUUUUAUCAUUAUUUUUUACUGAUAGGUGUAAGCAAGCGAUAUUCAUGAGAACGGGGUCAGGCUAAAUUAAGCUACGUUUGUGACAACAUGUAUUUUAUUCCUUUUUGUUUUUUAAUUCCCUUUUUGUUUUUUUUAUGAUCUAUGCAUGAGUUGGUGAAGGCUGGCAGUUUGAGUUGCACUGGCGAAGCCCUUCCUGGGUGAACUGUGAUUCAUGGAGGGCAAAGAUCGAAAAGAGGAAAGAAAAAAAACUGAAGAAACGAGCCUGUCUCCCUGUUAGUCUUUGAGGUGAAAUAGAUGUGUAAUUUAUUAUCUAGACAAGACACCCGUUGUAAGCAGAAGAGGCGUGUACGUGUUGUAGUAGAUUGUGAAUUGUAGUAUGUUAAAUGGCAGCCAGACUGGGUGACACUGAAAACACUGCUCAGAUCUACUGUCGGACUGUCACUGGGUUGACGUACUGUACCAGUAGCGAUCACUUUUUAUUUUUUAAAACCACUUUUAAUGCUACUACUGUAAGGCAUUUGCAGAUUGCUCGUGUUUUAAUUUAUUAAUUUAUUGUGUGUUUUGGAGUUGAUAAUUGUAAAAUAAAAAAUUUUACCAAAAGGAAAGAAAGAAAAACGACAACAACCAAACAUUGGAGGAAACAUUCUCUCUACUAACACUGAUGUAUGCAAAACAGUCUGGAUUUUGUGAAGCAAUAUGACAAACGACGCCAGUGUGAUUGGUGAUGUGGUACAGUUAACUUGGGAUUCACAAGAAUACAAGAUUUUGUUAUUCCUGUAUUAUGGUAGACUUAAACUGUGGACAUAGAAUAAAUCAAGAAGUGAAAGUGUGA